AUGGCAUCAAACACUUCGACCGAGCCAGACCAUGGUUCUAGUCACAAAGCAAAUUGUCCAACCACACAGCCAGGAACAGGCGAUGCAGGUUCUUCGCCAUCACAACCUCCAUCCACUUCCAUUCCUUUGGAUGACGGAGAUCAGAAGCCCCAGAGUGCCCCUUUACCAGACAAUCCACCAGAUGUUCCAGGUGAGCAGGAGCCAUUAGAGCCUGCAGUUUCCACUCCCCCAGUGGCUCCAGAGCCCAAGAACUCCCGUCCUCCUUCUCCCGCCUCAGAGAGCGCAACUUCGCCUCCCGCCAUGCCUUCGACCACGACAUCCUCCGAACAACCCCAGCCCACCUCAGAGAGCCAGAUGCAGGAUGCUCGGGAAGAGACUCAAUCUGAGUCGCCAGAACCGAAGCCGCUGAGCCCGGCGAUAGGCCCUUCCUCAGACCUUCCAAGCCCGUCUCCCAAAGAUUUCGAAAAUGCUGGCGCUUCGCUGGUGAUCACGCUGCUUCUAACAACGGGCGCCAGACACCCGUUCAAGAUCGAUGGCAAAUAUCUGAGGAAACGCGAAGUGAACGUUCCGGAUAAUGAUCCGUUCGCUAUGAGUGUAUACACCUUGAAAGAAUUGAUAUGGAGAGAAUGGAGAUCAGAUUCCAAAUUCAAUCGUGAUACUCCGAAUGUUGUCCACAUGACCGUGAAGCCCCAGGAUAUCGUUGAAGAAGAAGAUGCAAAGGCCACCAAAGGCCAUUAUUCGCGUGACCGCGAGGAAAGUGACCGAAGCCCUGGUUGCCGCUGUAUCAUACUGUAA